AUGACAGCGAGGAAUUCUCGUCUUGGGAAGUCUUGGAAGAGGUUGAGUCAAAAGGUUUCCGGUCGAGCAACGAGACGCCGCAUCCGUUUCACGAAGGAUCUCGAGGAAGCCGCCUCCACAGCAGAUGGUUCUUUGGCCGAAAUGACAGGCGUUGACGGCAGCGGUUCAACUGCUUUCCUGCUUCCAUCUUCACCAUCAGAAGUGACCGGCUAUCCCAAGCUUCACGCAUGCCAUCUGAAGAUAACGGCGCGGAAGGGAGGAAACUAA